UUUAGUCGCGCUCCACCAAUCACAAUGGAGGAGUGUCCCGUAACCAGGAAGUGGCUGCGUGUGGUGACAGAGGGGAGCGGCUGGGUCAGAAGACAUCAUGAGCUCCCCGUGCAAAUUGUCCCAUGGGCACAGUCACCAGCACAGCCACCACCAUGCGGAAGACAAGGCGGCACCAGGCCAGCAGGUAGUGGAGGAUUACAGCAGCUGGGACAUUGUGAAAGCCACACAGCACGGCCUGCUGGAUCGCUGCAGGGAGCUGGUGGAGGCUGGUUAUGAUGUUCGUCAACCAGACGGCGAGAAUGUGACUCUCCUGCACUGGGCGGCCAUUAAUAACAGACUAGAGCUUAUAAAAUACUUCAUCUCCAAAGGGGCAGUUGUGGACCAGCUCGGGGGCACUUUGAAUUCCACCCCUCUGCAUUGGGCUGUCAGGCAAGGACACCUCCAGACCGUUAUACUGCUGAUGAAGAUUGGGGGCGACCCGAAUCUGAUAGAUGGGGAAGGGUAUAACAGCGUCCAUCUGGCUGUCCUCUUCCAGCACUUACCUAUUAUAGCUUACCUAAUCGCCAAAGGAGAGAGCAUAGAUGUGACCGAUCUGAACGGAAUGACCCCCCUUAUGCUGGCUGCACAGAAAAUAAUUGGAAUGGAACCGACCAGUUUCCUGUUGAAGCUGAACCCAUCUUUAAAUCUUAUGGACAAGGUCCACCGGAACACGGCUCUUCACUGGGCGGUGUCUUCUGGCAACGUCAACGCGGUGGAUCUGCUGCUAGAGGCCGGAUCCAGUUUGGACGUGGAGAACGCCAAGGGAGAAACACCACUUGAUAUCGGCCGACAAACCAGAAACCGUAUAAUAAUCCAUAUAUUAAUGAGUGAGACCAAAGCUCGGGCCGGCAAGAACUCCAGAACCUUGAAAGCGUUACAGAAGUACGAGAUCUCAUUGGUGGUGCUGGUCUGCUUGUCUCUCCUGGGGGGUGUUGGCUAUAUCCUGAACAUGAAGACAGACUCCUGGCUGCUAAAGGGGACGCUCCUCGCUUUGGUCACUGCCGGGUCCCAGCUCUUCACCAGACGUCUCGUUGGUCCCAACAGUCAGAAGCACCUGCCCGCCAUCUUCUUCUUCAGCUCCAUUUUCUGGAUGUUCAUGACGUGGUUCCUCUGUUUCUUUCCUGAUAUGAUGCGAGCGACAGUCCAGGUGCCGUUUGUGUUCAGUGUCUUCCUGGUUUUGUAUUACUUCUACAAGGCGUGGAGAACGGAUCCGGGAUACAUCAAGUCUUCGGAGGAGGAGAGGAAACGGACCAUUAUCACACUCGCUGAAGCCGGGUGCCUGGAUGCUAGACUGUUCUGUACGUCCUGUCUGGUGAAGAAGCCGCUGAGGUCCAUGCACUGUCACGCGUGUAAUUCUUGCGUGGCGAAGUUUGAUCAGCACUGCAUAUGGACAGGCCGCUGUAUUGGUGCUGGGAACCACCAUUACUUCGUGCUCUUCCUCGGUGCUCUAUCAUUCAUGGGUCACUGGAUGAUCUACGCUUCCUCCGUGUUUUGGGCCCUUCAGUGCUCAUCAAAUCUACAGAAGGACGGCGUUGCCAGUUUCCUGGCAGAGAUUAUAGCGUGUUCCCCUUGGGUCCUGUAUAUUUUCCUUCUGGUCUGCUCUCUUACAAUCUGGUCUACGCUCAUGCUUCUCCUGCAGAUCUACCAGAUCACAUGCCUCGGCCUGACCACGCAAGAAAGAUUCAAUCUCCAAAUGCAGAACAGAUUCACUAAGCACAAGGUGCCGCUGCGGAGAUCUCCCUUCAACCGGGGCUGCAUCCAGAACCUUGCAGAUUUCUUCCGAUGUCAGUGCUUCGGACUGAUCAAGACCAACCCUGUGGACUGGACUAAGCAAUACCACGGCAUCUUUCAGCAGCCUAAGAUGCGGGACACGGAGUCCGUGUAGGCGCUGUUGUGGCGUUUUCGCAAUCCCUCCGCUGAAUGAAGGAACUGAUGGGCGCCUUUUAUUUGACAACCUCCUGAAGCAUCAUCUCAAAAGCUGCAAUAUCUACUUGUGUCUACUGAUCGGCAGGAUCCCCAGUUAUACGAGAGAAACCUGUGUACAGAUUGGCUGAUUGAGAAACGCUUUAAUACUUUACAAACAGAAGAAGGAAUACACUUUGUGUAGAUACAUAAGGGAGCUACUGAUUUUAUAGACUUUUGUCUGUUGCUCAUUGUGUUACUUCCCAACAUCUCUGUAACCGAGCCGUUAUAAUCUUAUUACAGAGCAAGAAAUAAUAACCCCCCUCCCCCUCCCCGAGUUUGGUCUCUUUAUCUGUCACACACUAUUGCCCAGCUAUUACAGAACAACCGGGAUUCGUUGAGGCUUUGCAGCCCUCUGAGAACGUCCUGUGGUUCCUCGCUGGUCACGUCCCGAUCGCCUGUAUCUCUGAUGCGUCAUUUGCCUUUUUUGUGGUUGCAUAUGAAGUGCCUUGUCACUGCCUGUUAUAAACCAGGUUUUACACAACGUCCAUGGUAACCGUCCGAUUAUCCUGGAACCAGUUAUUUCCCUUCUCUGUCACUCCCCUUCUCCCUGACGCUUGGGGCAAGCACUCCAUAGCAGAGGGUCCCCACUUAUGGAAGUGUCGGCUGGGUUCCAUCUAGAACAAAAUGUCACGUAAAAUGUUCUCUCUGGGCGAACGAUUAGGCUCCGGUAAGUGUACACAGUAAUUCCUAGAACCUGCGAUAUGACGCUCCCGUAACCCGACAGCGAUGGUAAAAGUGAUAUAACGGGAAACAACGGUGAAUUAGGAUCGGUGAUGGCUUCCCGAAACAUCAGCACUUAUAAGUUCUAUUUAUACCAGUGUCUGUAUCGCUGGAUCACCCAUUUAGCGACCUGGGAUCUUCCCAGAUGUCCCAAACCUAGUUUUGUGUGUGUUUAUGGCCAGUGGAGCCCAGACCAGUAUGUUACCAGGAUCCCAGGUGGUGGUGAUUCGGCCAGGAUGGGGGAAGUAUGAUUGUUACCUUCAGUUGAUGUAAUCUGUAUCUGUUUUGUUUUUCUGUAAAAAGGUUUUGGUCUCUGACAAUUGAUUUUGUUUCUCUCUCGGAGACGUCCGGCCUGAGCGGCGAUUACAGUAGUGUCGUCUCUUCCUUGUGUGUACAUUACAUUUUACAAAUGAGUCCUUUUUAAUAAAUAAUAUCUCAGA